GAUUGAAGAGAAGUAGCUUAUAUAUAUAGUAGACAUUCACCAAACAUAAUCUAAUAAGUAAUAAACAUUAGUUAGGACGGCCAAUUACCUAACUGACAAAGAUGAAACAGUGGAGUCUUCUCAACAUCAUCUUUCUUCUUACCAUAGCUUGUCCUGUCCAUCUCUGUUUAAGCUCCAAUGGAGUUGGAGUUGAAGAAGAAGAAGAUAUUAGAAGAUCAGAUUUCCCACCUGGGUUUCUUUUUGGAACUGCUACUUCUUCUUAUCAGAUUGAAGGAGGAUAUCUUGCAGAUGGUAAAGGUCUCAGUAACUGGGAUGUUUUCACCCACACUGCCGGUAACGUAUUAAACGGACAAAAUGGAGAUAUAUGUGAUGACCAUUACCAUCGUUAUCUGGAAGACAUCCAAAUUAUGCAUUCUCUCGGGGUAAAUGCAUACAGAUUCUCGAUAUCCUGGUCCAGAAUUCUACCUAGGGGUAGGUUUGGAGAAGUCAACCUGGCUGGGAUCAAGUUCUAUAACAAAAUAAUUGAUAGCCUCUUGCUCAAAGGGAUCGAGCCAUUUGUAACGCUUAGUCAUCAUGAGCAUCCGCAAGAACUCCAAGACCAGUAUGAAGCCUGGUUGAGUCCUCAGAUACAAGAGGAUUUUGCUUAUUUUGCAGAAAUUUGUUUCAAAAGUUUUGGUGACCGGGUCAAGCAUUGGAUGACAAUCAAUGAACCGGACUUAUUCGUACUAAUGGCCUAUAUAUCAGGCGAAUAUCCACCACGUCACUGUUCACCCCCUUUUGGUAACUGCUCUGUUGGAAAUUCGGAUGUGGAGCCUCUUAUUGCGAUGCACAACAUGCUACUCUGCCAUGCCAAGGCUGCCAAACUAUACCAUGAGCAUUUUCAGGCGCAACAAGGUGGUUCAAUAGGGAUUGUCAUUAGCGGAACCAAUUAUGAACCAAUGACAGGUAAAAAGGUCGAUAGAGACGCUGCAAGUAGGGCCUUAGCAUUCACUAUUGGUUGGGUCCUGGAUCCCCUAGUAUUUGGUGAGUAUCCGGAAGAAAUGCGCCAAUAUAUCGGGAGUGUAUUGCCUCAGUUUUCUUCAAUGGAGACAGAGUCUGUAAAAGGCAGUAUUGAUUUCAUUGGACUUAAUCACUACACAACUCUUUACUCUGAGGAUUGCAUCUAUUCUAACUGCACAGAAGGGGGUGACCAUGCAAUUAAAGGAUACCAACAGAUGAAACCAGAUCGAGAUGGCAUCCUAAUAGGAGAACCGACCGCAAUAGAUGGAAUGACUGUGGUUCCGAGAGGCAUGGAGGAGAUUGUUGACUAUGUUAAGGAAAGAUAUAAUAACAUCCCUAUGUAUAUAACUGAAAAUGGUUAUUCGGCACCACAAGGAGAAGCUGUCACAGUAAAAGACAUACUAAAUGACACAAAGCGAAUUGAAUAUCACAAGGCAUACCUUGCUUCAUUGGCCCGAGCAAUUAGGAAUGGCGCUGAUGUGCGUGGUUAUUUUGCAUGGUCAUUGUUGGAUGAUUUUGAAUGGAUUUAUGGAUAUGAGGUGAGAUUCGGAUUAUACUAUGUGGAUCCUCACACACUUGAGCGUAUUCCCAAGCUUUCCGCCAUGUGGUUCAACAGUUUCUUGACUAAGAAUGAUAGCUUCAGCGGGAAAGAAGAAUCAUAUCCAGAUCUCUUGCAACUCAAAUACAUUUUAGACCAUGAAUCAGCGGGAAAGAAAGCAGAAAUAUAAUUAUCUAGCAGUGUGACAAUAAAAUGUACUGUUGUAGAUGUGUAUGGUAUAGAUGCAUAUAUUGUCUGCUUAGAAAUUAAAUUUGCAACGGCUUUGUCUUGUUGAAACGAAUAAAUUUCAUUAGUACAGAUGUAAAACCUUGUGCUCAUAUAUACGAAUCAUCACUUGUUUAUA